AUGCUCUUAUCACGUCAACAUCGAAAGACAAUGAUAACAUUAGUAUCCACCUUCAUUCAGCACAAAGAGACACUCGGUGAACUACAAAACUCACUCACUUUAAUUAAAACCGGCGACUGCCGUUUGCACGAACAUGGACCACUCAGAGAAUGCGCUGUUGUGACCAACGAAAUUAACCUACCAAAAAGACCAGUGGUCUACGCUCGUUUAUCUGCGGUCCUCGUCAUGUCGGACCAAGUCGGAGACAUAACGCUUGGAGUGCAUUUUGCCGGUUCCAAUAUCACACAUGUUCGUGAAAGCUACUUUGAUGAUGGAAAUAUGGCCAACGAGGAGCAUUUGCCCCUAGAAAAACCUUACAGACCUCGAUAUGUUUAUUGGGAUGUCACUAGUUCUGCUCAAAAGCUACAAAACAUGUUUUUUGGUGAAGUUUACCCGUUGACAUUUACAGUCAAGUAUACACACAUUAAAGAAGACUCCCGCGAUAGUGCAAAUGGCCUUAAUAAUGGUCUCAACACACGUACGAAUAUUCUGUGGCCAGGAAGUCACAUGGCAUUGCAACUGUAUACGGGACCUAGUUUGGAAGUAAACAAGAUAUUUGGUGGUCGCAAACGCAGCCGUCGUUCGGCACUCCAGAAUGAUAUGGAUGACAAAAUGCCAGAUGGAUGUCCCGGAUUCAAUCAUCCUUAUAGUACUCUAUUCAAGUGUUGCCUAUUCAAGUACAUAUUGAACGCAGACCAAAUCAAGAGUACCACCUUUACUCGGCCAUUUUUUCUCCCACCAAUGCUGCCGUUGAAUAUGUGUCAUGGACGGUGUGAUCGCUCUCUGGAAUCCUAUAAAAAUCGGCAGCAACGCGAGAAAGUGAUCGAUAUACCAGUGGACAAUCAGCACACCACCCUUCUCUCUCAGUACUAUCGAGGGCUGCCGAAGCAAGACCAAGACGUGGUCCGAAGUUUUAUGCCUUGUUGUGGGGCUGACAAGGCGAAUGAUUUGGUCAUAUAUUACCUUGAUGCAGAUAAAAAUAUUAACAAGGAAAUCCUGCCUCGUGCUGUAAAGACGAGCUGUGUUUGCAAGUGA